AGUCAUUACUGAGCUGUUUCCACGAGACUUCCUUUCCUUAAAGUAAGAUGAAGUCAUCUUUCUCAAAUCAUUACUUUCUGGCUUUGCACUGUUAAGAAAAAGAAAAAGAAAAAAAGACAGAAGGGGGAAAAUUAUAAGUUAUUGAUCAAAGCCAAAAGUUUGCUCUCUCAAUGGAUAUUGUUAUUGCCACCGUUGGCUCUAUUGUCUCUAAAGCUGUAGAGUAUACGAUCUCUCCUAUCAAAAACCAUGUCAAAUACCUUUCCAAUCAUCAGCAAUAUGUUGAGACCCUCAAGGACCGAGCUGAGAGGCUGAAACAUGCAAGGGACAGAGUGCAGCAUUCUGUUGAUGCGGCUAAACGAAACGGUGAAGAGAUCGAAGGUGAUGUUGGCAAAUGGCUGUCUGCAGUCGAUAAAAAGAUCCCUGAACAAGUAGAGAAAGUGAUGCAAGAUGAAGAAAAAGCAAAGAAAAAGUGUUUCAUUGGUUUGUGUCCUAAUUUCAGGACUCGUUACAAGCUUAGCCUGAAAGCUGAAGAGGAGGCAAAGGCUGUUGCCGAGCUACUUGAACAUGACAAGUUUGAAAGGGUUUCCUAUCGUGCAGCUCCGCAAGGUAUCAUGGUUGCACCAGUUAAAGGUUAUGAGGAAUUCGAGUCAAGAACGUCGAUUUUGAACGGAAUAAUGGAGGCACUAAAAGAUGAUAGCGUCAGCGUUGUUGGGGUGCAUGGUAUAGGUGGGAUUGGAAAAACAACACUGGUCAAAGAAAUUGCUAGAAAGGUCAAGGACAAGUUGUUUGAUUCGGUUGUCAUAGCAACCGUAACUCAAGCCAUUGAUAUUGAGAAGAUUCAGAACCAAAUUGCAGACUUCUUGGGCUUGAAAUUUGAGGAACAGAGUAUGGUUGGAAAGGCAUUUCGACUAAGAGAAAGAUUGAAGAAAGAGGAGAGGAUUCUGGUUGUCCUGGAUGACAUUUGGGAAAAGGUUGAUAUUGAGGAAGUAGGGAUUCCUUUGGGAGAUGAACACAAGGGCUGCAAAUUACUAUUAACUUCUAGAGAGCUCAAUGUUUUAUCAAAUGAGAUGGAUGCUCAGAAAAAUUUUCCCAUUGGGUUUUUAAAUGAAAAGGAAGCCUGGGACCUGUUCAAGAAGAUGGCUGGCAACUGUGAUGAAAGUUGCGAUUUGAAGCCUAUAGCUAUGGAGGUAGCCAAAAAAUGUGCAGGACUGCCGAUAGCCAUUGCGACAGUUGCAAGGGCUUUGAGAAACAAAAAAUUGUUUGAAUGGAAGAUGCUUCACGAGAACUGGAGAUGCCUUCGUCAAGCAACUUCACGGGGAUAACUGCGGCAUAUUCAGCUAUAGAGUUGAGUUUUAAUUAUUUAGAAAGCGAGGAAGUUAAGCUGACUUUCUUGCUUUGCAGUGUAAUAGGCCAUAAUGGUCUCGUUGAGGACUUGGUAAGAUAUACUCUAGGUUUGGGUU